CACUGGCGGCGGAGGAGGCGCGAUGGCCCCGCAGCGCCGGGCGCUGCCCCGCGGCCCCGAGAGCGCCGGGAGCGGGCCGGGAACGGCGGCGGGAGCUGGAGCGGGAACGGGAGCGGGCCGCGGGGGCCGCCGGCACAGCAGCGCCAGGAAGGGCCGGGCCCGGCCGGAGCCGCGGGGAUGGCGGGGGAAGGCGGCGCUCCUGGUCCCGCUCCUCCUGCUCUCGGCCGCGGCCGCCGGCAGCCUCGUGCUCUGGAGCCGCCUGCUCGCCCGGGACGGGCUCUCCGCGGAUGGCAUCCCCCAGGACGGGGUCACCGAGGUGCUGGCACAUCGCGGCGACAGCCUGCGGGACAAGUUCGUGGAGAUCCCCUGCUCGGAGGACUACGACAGCCACAGGCGCUUUGAAGGGUGCACUCCCAGGAGGUGUGGAAGGGGUGUGAGUGAUGCCAUAAUCACGAGGGAAGAAGCUGAAAGAAUCCGUGGAAUAGCAGAGAGGGGACUGUCCUUGGGAGGAUCUGAUGGAGGGGCAUCAAUUUUGGACUUGCACUCCGGAGCUCUUUCCCUGGGGAAGCAUUUUGUUAAUCUGUACAGGUACUUUGGGGACAAAAUUCACGACAUCUUCACCGAAGAGGAUUUUGCCUUGUACCGGGAUGUGAGACAGAGAAUUCAACAAAGGAUCGCUCAGGUGUUUGGGAUCAGCUCCUCCUCCCUGUACCUGACCAAGCCAACCUUCUUCUCCAGGAUGAACAGCACGGAGGCCAAGACAACCCACGACGAGUACUGGCACCCCCACGUGGACAAGGUGACUUACGGCUCUUUUGACUACACCUCUCUGCUCUACCUCUCUGACUACAGCCAGGAUUUUGGGGGAGGCCGCUUUGUGUUCCUGGAUGCAGAUUCCAACAAGACGGUGGAGCCCCGAGCAGGCCGGGUUUCUUUUUUCACCUCGGGGUCGGAGAACCUGCACCGUGUGGAGAAGGUUCACUGGGGCACUCGCUUUGCCAUCACCAUCUCCUUCACCUGCAACCCGGAGCACGGCAUCGGGGAUCCAGUCCUGGGGUAACUCCCCUGGGGGUGGAGCACGAGGUCAAAUGGAAGGAGAGAAGCCCUGCAAGAGGAGAGGAAAAAGGGAGAGAACAUCUGCUGUAACCUCACAUUCAAUCAGAACUGCCCGGCUGUAUCAGCAGAUUGUAAUGAACUUUGUUUUCACGUGACCUUUUCCCUCAGGACCAGCUCAGAUUUGAUGCGUUCUGAAAAUGGUUUGUUAUGUCCCAGAGGGACAGGCUACGAAGAAGAGUUCUUGAGUGGGCUCUUCACUCUUUUUUUUAUUACUAUUUUUUUAAAAAUUCUUCAGUUUAAAAGAUACAAACCCAUCUUCUGGGCCAUGCCUUGAUUUGUCUCCCCGUGCUGCUGUGAACCUGUUUAAUUCUUUAACCAUUUCAGUUGCUAAUGGGAUGUAGAGAGUUUGACCUCAGUCAGUUGAGCAAGGUGAGUGUUAUUCUGAACACACUUUCUGCUGAGAACAAUGGAUUCUCGUGACCCAUGGGCAUGAGUGGGCAACACACCUGGGGCUUGUCUACUGGCACUGACUUCAACCUCUGUUUUAACUGAAUUACUGCUGUUUUUUGCUGCAAACAGGGGCUAGUUAAUACAAAGUCAGCAAUACAAUUCUCUGGCCAGAAAGCCUGCUGCUUUUGGAUGACAAAUGCUUUGUGCAGGGAAUGUCACUGCACCAGAUGCCUGUGAUCCGAAUGCAGCAUUCCCAGCUCGCCUCAUUUCCUUUGGAUCUCCGUGGAAAUGGUCGGUGUCCCGGUUGGAAGCUCAGUGUUAGGGUUGUUAAGAGCUCUUUAUGGAGAUGGCUUGACCGUGUAACCCUCUACACUGAGCCAAAACUCAGGAGGAGAGCUGGGCAGAGGUGACCAAUCCUCUGGAUUCAUCCAAGAAUUCCUCAUGACCCAGUUCCCAGGAAAGGCAGUGGGUUGGGAGGGAAACAGCUGAGAAAAAAGCUAGUUUUGUUGGGGUUUGCCAUGUGCCAGUUCUGGCCUGCUUAGACUCAGUCCUGUCAAGCCUGGCUUGUGCUGGGUCACAAAACCCCUCAGCCUGUGGGCUCUGAGGGAACUUGGUGUGCACUUCCAACUGAAUUGUGUCCAAAGCAAUGUUUUAUUUGCUUCAGAAGGUCUCUCAGUAGCUAUUUUGGGACUUUUUCAGUUCAGUAUGAAGAUUUUUUUCUGUUGCCUCAGACCAUUGGUGUUCCCUGGAUAAUAAACUGCAAGGGCUUCAGAGAACAGGAGCUGUGUGAAUUGCAGUGCAGAUAAAGGAGCAAAAGUGUGAUCUUGCCAACUACCCUGGUUUCUUACUGCAGUCAAAGAUUUCUGUGGGUCAGGGAAUUGAUAAAUAAACUGUAGGAAAACCUAAAUUUUGUUCUCAAUCAUAUUCUGAAGCAAAUCUGUUUUAUUCCUAGGGUGUAUAAUUUCUGUGAAACACUGAAAAUCUGGGAAUGUGCUUUGAUGUUUUAAUUUUUUAAAAAAUUCUAUACAUAGUUUUGAUUCCUUAAUCUACCCUUUUAGGGAAAUAAUAAGUACUGGUGGGGAUUACCCUGCAGAUUGAUGACAGCACACCUGGCCUUGUGAGUGCUCUCACUGGGCACAUCAGCAAGAUUGUUCUCAAACCUGAAAAAGGUUUCCUUGUCUGUGCUAACGAGGAAGGAUUGUUAAAAAGGCUGGAUGUAAGGAAAUAAUAAAGCCAACUGGGCUUUAUCUUUGUUCAUGAAAUCUUUGUCUCAAAGCCUGUUUAUUCCAAGGAACUGGAAUUUCUUUGGGAAGAAGCACAGUGAUUCCACAAUAAACGCUGGAUGUUUUAGUAACACUGAGCUUCUUCUGUCUGGAGCUUCAAUAUCUGGACUGCAAAAAGCAAUAUCUAGAUCUUGGAAGAAUUUAAAUGGCAAAUGAGGAAGUAAAAUGUAAUCUCAAAGUUUCUGAAUAGCACCCUCCAGCAGGAAACCAGUAAUUGCAGAAAGGCUGAUGUUCCUGGGGCAGAGUGGAAGUUGCAGAACUCACUGAUCAUUAGAGAUAAACUUGGCUUCAUUUCUUUUAGGCCUCUUAAAUACCCUGAAUAAUGUUUUAUGAAGGGUCUCUCUUCCCAGUUCUUGGCAGAUAACAGGAACUACUCCAAAACCGAUUUUCCAUUCACAGGGAUAUCAGGAACUUUUGAAAAAUGUAAAGGUGUGUGAUCAGAUGAUGUUUUUUGUGUAAACCCCCUUUUCAGUCCUGUGGCAUUCCAGGAAUUUCUUGCCAUUUCUCCUGUAUCACAUUUUCACUGUGUAAGCAGCUGUGGAAUGAGGGGUUUUAAUUGCCCUGAAGGUUUGGAAAGGCACAUUCAUGUUGAGAGUUUCCUGAGUAUGUAUUGUCCCCCUGAAAUACCCUGCGCUCCAUCUUCAUGAAUUUCAAGUCCAGAAAUGUUUACAAGGGUAAUCUAUUUACAAAGAGAUUUUAAUUUGGAUUUAUAGCAGGAAUUUAGCUCCCUGUCUUAUUUAUUUUUAAGAUCAGUGUCUCAGCCAGGUGCUUUCUGAGGCUGUAGCACGUAAUGAGGUGCACAUUAAAAUAAAUGUAGCUGAAAUGGCAUCGAUGAUGGCUGGGCUGUCAUGGAAA